UACUAUGGAUGGAAAUAUUGUUUUUUGUAAUAUAUUUGAGACACAAGAGAUCAAACUGUAUACAUAUUAAGAAAAUUAAGUUACAUUAAAACCUCAAAAAAUGUUUAUCAGGGGUGUCUCAGUAACUGGGAGCUCACAAGCUCCAUAGUGACAUUUUCGUCACGAAAAAAAUACCCUCUCCAUACUUACUUUAACCUGUGCAUUGAACACUAUAUAGAACUGCUCGCAUAUACAGCUUGGACAGUACUAAAGUAGAGGUAGUGGGGGAAUGUUGAUCGAGUGUUACUAGUAUAAGGGGAGUCAGCUAGGUACUAGACAUCCCUGAUGUAUUAUUUUAUUUAUUAAUCCAAAUAUAAUUCACGUUACACGAUUAUAAAAAUCAAAGUAGUUAUUAAUUUAUAAAAUAUAUAACUAAUCUAUGGUUAAUAGAAAAUUACGCUGAAAAAUUAUUAAAUGUGAUGCAUACGUAUUAGAAUUUCAGUUUGCAUCACAUUCGUUUGAAUGCGUAUGAAAGAUUUUUUGGUGCGUUAAAGUUUGAUAUUAAAAUAUUACUUGUGCACUCAUAAAAUUUUUAUGAGAAAACGAUGUAUGCCUUAGAGGAUGAUCAAUAUGAUGAUGAAGAUGCGGAGGAAAUUUCAUCAAAACUUUGGCAAGAAGCCUGCUGGAUUGUCAUUAAUGCCUAUUUUGAUGAAAAGGGUCUUGUGCGACAACAGCUCGAUAGUUUUGAUGAGUUCAUUGAAAUGUCUGUUCAAAGAAUUGUAGAAGAUUCACCACAAAUUGAUCUUCAAGCAGAAGCACAACAUACUUCGGGUGAAAUAGAAAAUCCUGUUAGACAUUUAUUGAAAUUUGAACAAAUCUAUUUAUCAAAGCCUACCCACUGGGAAAAAGAUGGUGCUCCAUCUCCUAUGAUGCCUAAUGAAGCUAGGCUUAGAAAUUUAACUUAUUCUGCACCAUUAUAUGUAGAUAUAACAAAAACCAUUGUAAAAGAUGGCGAAGACCCAAUUGAAACUCAACAUCAAAAAACAUUCAUAGGAAAAAUUCCAAUUAUGUUGAGAUCAAAAUAUUGUUUGCUUGCUGGCUUAUCCGAUCGUGAUUUAACUGAAUUAAAUGAAUGUCCAUUAGAUCCUGGUGGUUAUUUUAUCAUUAAUGGAUCAGAAAAAGUGUUAAUUGCUCAGGAAAAAAUGGCAACAAACACAGUUUAUGUAUUUAGUAUGAAGGAUGGCAAAUAUGCAUAUAAAUCUGAAAUUCGAUCUUGCUUGGAACAUAGUUCUCGUCCUACAUCCACAUUAUGGAUUAAUAUGAUGGCCAAAAGUGGAGCUAGUAUUAAAAAGUCUGCUAUAGGACAACGUAUUAUUGCAAUUAUUCCAUAUAUAAAACAGGAAAUUCCUAUUAUGAUUGUUUUUCGAGCACUUGGAUUUGUAGCAGAUCGUGAUAUUCUCGAACAUAUUAUAUAUGACUUUGAUGAUCCUGAAAUGAUGGAAAUGGUAAAGCCAUCUUUAGAUGAAGCUUUUGUUAUACAAGAACAAAACGUUGCAUUAAAUUUUAUUGGUACCAGAGGUGCAAGACCUGGAGUAACAAAAGAGAAACGUAUUAAAUAUGCUAGAGAAAUUUUACAGAAGGAAAUGCUUCCACAUGUUGGUAUAAGUGAUUUCUGUGAAACUAAAAAGGCUUAUUUUCUUGGUUAUAUGGUACACAGGUUGUUAUCAGCAUCGCUUGGCAGAAGGGAGUUAGACGAUCGAGAUCAUUAUGGCAACAAGCGAUUGGACUUAGCUGGUCCAUUAUUAGCAUUUUUAUUUAGAGGUUUGUUUAAGAACUUAAUGAAAGAAGUGCGAUUAUAUGCACAGAAAUUUAUAGACAGAGGAAAAGAUUUUAAUCUUGAGCUUGCUAUUAAAACCAAAAUUAUAACUGAUGGUCUAAGAUAUUCACUUGCUACAGGCAAUUGGGGUGAUCAAAAAAAGGCUCAUCAAGCUAGAGCUGGUGUGUCUCAAGUAUUAAAUAGAUUGACAUUUGCAUCUACACUUUCACAUUUAAGAAGAGUAAAUUCUCCGAUAGGAAGAGAUGGUAAAUUAGCUAAGCCACGUCAGUUACAUAAUACAUUAUGGGGUAUGUUAUGCCCUGCUGAAACACCUGAAGGUGCUGCUGUUGGUUUAGUGAAAAACUUGGCUUUAAUGGCCUACAUUAGCGUUGGGUCUCAACCUUCGCCAAUUCUUGAAUUCUUAGAGGAAUGGUCUAUGGAAAAUCUAGAAGAAAUUGCACCAAGUGCGAUAGCUGAUGCAACAAAAAUAUUUGUAAAUGGUUGCUGGGUUGGUAUUCACAGAGAUCCUGAUCAAUUAAUGGCUACUUUACGUAAAUUAAGACGACAAAUGGACAUUAUUGUGUCAGAAGUGUCUAUGAUAAGAGAUAUUAGAGAUCGUGAAAUUAGAAUAUAUACAGAUGCAGGAAGGAUUAGUAGACCAUUAUUAAUUGUUGAAGGACAAAAUCUAUUAUUAAAGAAGAGACAUAUUGAUAUGUUAAAGGAGAGAGACUACAAUAAUGAUGGCUGGCAGGAAUUAGUAGGUAGCGGGGUAGUAGAAUAUAUUGAUACUUUAGAGGAAGAGACUGUUAUGAUUGCAAUGUCACCUGAAGACCUAAGACAAGAAAAGGAGUAUGCUUAUUGUACAACAUAUACACAUUGUGAAAUUCAUCCAGCUAUGAUUUUAGGAGUAUGUGCCUCAAUUAUUCCAUUUCCUGAUCAUAAUCAAAGUCCAAGAAAUACUUAUCAAAGUGCUAUGGGUAAACAAGCUAUGGGAGUAUACAUCACAAAUUUUCAUGUACGAAUGGAUACUUUAGCUCAUGUGUUGUAUUACCCUCACAAACCCUUAGUUACAACAAGGUCCAUGGAAUAUCUCAGGUUUCGUGAAUUACCAGCUGGAAUUAACAGCAUUGUUGCUAUAUUAUGUUAUACCGGUUAUAAUCAAGAAGACAGCGUUAUCUUAAAUGCUAGUGCUGUUGAAAGAGGUUUCUUCCGAUCUGUAUUUUAUAGAUCUUACAAAGAUUCUGAGUCUAAACGUAUCGGUGAUCAAGAAGAACAAUUUGAAAAACCCACACGCCAGACCUGUCAAGGAAUGCGAAAUGCUAUAUAUGACAAAUUAGAUGAUGAUGGGAUUAUUGCUCCUGGAAUUCGUGUAUCUGGAGAUGAUGUAGUUAUAGGGAAAACUAUCACUUUACCAGAAGCAGAUGAUGAGUUGGAUAGUACAACAAAACGUUUUACAAAAAGAGAUGCAUCUACCUUCUUACGUAACAGUGAAACUGGUAUAGUGGAUCAAGUAAUGUUAACUCUAAAUAGUGAAGGUUAUAAAUUUUGUAAAAUAAGAGUACGUAGUGUUAGAAUUCCACAAAUUGGUGACAAGUUUGCUUCACGUCAUGGACAAAAAGGAACUUGUGGAAUUCAAUAUAGACAAGAAGAUAUGCCAUUUUCAUGUGAAGGUCUCACACCAGAUAUUAUAAUUAAUCCUCAUGCUAUCCCAUCACGUAUGACUAUUGGCCAUUUAAUUGAAUGUAUCCAAGGAAAAGUAUCAGCUAACAAAGGUGAAAUUGGUGAUGCUACACCAUUUAAUGAUGCUGUAAAUGUACAAAAAAUAUCUACACUUUUGCAAGAAUAUGGAUAUCAACUAAGAGGAAACGAAGUUAUGUAUAAUGGUCACACUGGCCGCAAAAUUAAUGCCCAAGUAUUUUUAGGACCAACUUAUUACCAACGUUUAAAACACAUGGUAGAUGACAAAAUUCAUAGCAGAGCACGUGGACCUGUUCAAAUUUUAGUUCGACAACCUAUGGAAGGAAGAGCAAGAGAUGGAGGUUUACGUUUUGGUGAAAUGGAGCGUGAUUGUCAAAUUUCUCAUGGAGCUGCACAAUUUCUCAGAGAACGUUUAUUCGAAGUUUCAGAUCCAUAUCGAAUACACAUAUGUAAUUUCUGCGGCCUGAUUGCAAUAGCAAAUUUAAGAAAUAACACAUUUGAAUGUAAAGGAUGUAAAAACAAAACACAGAUUUCUCAAGUUAGGUUGCCAUAUGCAGCAAAAUUACUUUUCCAAGAACUUAUGGCAAUGAAUAUUGCGCCUCGACUGAUGGUAUCAUAAACAUUGAUGUAUUUGUACCUUGCUGUUUUUGUAAUAUACAGCAGAUGAAAUUUAACUCAUAAUACAGUUUAAGGAAUAAUUUUGUACAGAUAGAUUAAAUUAUUCGCAUAGAUUUAAGUUCUAAGAAUGUUAAAUACAAUUUGUGUAUUUUAAAUAUACGUUACAUUAUGUAUCAUAUCUUCUAAUGGUCAUCAUAUGAACUUCAAGUAUCUAUAUAAAACAAAAAAUUAUGAUUUCAUUUAAUUAAUUCUGAAUACAAUAUUAUGGCAAGAUAAAUCAUAUGAAAUUUAUUACUACAGUUAUAAUUUUUUCGUACUUGCUUUUAUGUUUCGAAAAACUAAUAGUAAUUCUAAACAUAAACUUUUAACUAUUAUUUAUAACUUUUUUAUUGUAAUUGAACAUCGUUAUGUACCCGUUCAGUAUAAUGUUUGACUUAUAGUCAAGCGUAGUUGUAUACUUUUUAAGUUUUAACUUCAGUUCACGUUUUAUUAAAAUUUAUUCUGCAUUGUGGCAAAUGUUCUCAUAUAUAUCUGUUGAUAAACUGUUUACCAUUUAGUAUUUUGAUUCAAUUUAAAAAUUUUUUUCUUCAAAAUUGCAACUUUUCAAGAAUAAAUAAAUGUAAUUUCGCAUCUUAAAGAAAUAAAUAAAAUGUUAUCUAAAUUUCGAAGUAAAAGAUCUAAAUAGCUAAAUAUGUAUUUGUUAUAUUCUUUAUUUCAAUUGAUCAAUAUUUAUCAAAUUUGUACCAUAAUAAUAUAUAAGUCAAAUAUUUUCGUUAAUUUUUUUAUGACUACUGAUAAGAACUAUAACAAUAAAUAGAGUUUGAUGACAAUGAUAUGAAAAUAUUGUAUAAUGUAAUUUGAAAUGGCUUUGCGUUUACAAAAUCUGAAACUAACUAUAAUGACACAUAACAUAUCAAAGUAUUUUUAAUUAAUAUUAGAUAUUUUGUAUUGACACUAAUUACUAUCAUAUAUAAUAAACUUUAAAAUUGUAAAAUAAUUUAAUGUUAUAUGAUUUACGGUGUAAUCUGUAUUCAAA